AUGGCAUCCACAUUUUCCGGGCCAUCUAAUUUUGCCAGGGAUCCUCUGCACCCCAACUCCUUCAGAAGCAGUGGCCAAUGCUGGCAGCCCAGCGACUGCACCGGUCAUCACUUCUCCCUCCUCGAAAGAUGCUGCUGUGCCAAGGGCUUGUACGAAGGAGUUCCUGCAGAAGGCUUUGAGAAGGAGGUUAUGGUUACCGCAGAGAAGAUCUCCCGGACUCUCGACACUCUGCAGGCCAGGAGAAGCAUAACCUUCACCUCGUCUAGCAGGGCCGGAGGCACCGCAGUCGAGUUGAGAGGAUCGCAGCACCCACCUGCCCCUGCAACGCGGUCGGUCGGCUCGUCGGGGCCGGUUUCUGACCGAUCGAUGCUCCAGACUCCUUCCGAGUCACGCGGUCGAUGGAGCGGCUCUCCCGACGAGUGCGACCUCGAGAAGUUGCAGCUUUACCAAAUCCCUCAGAAGAACUUGGAGCUUGAGCUGCGACAAGCUCUGCGCGCCGGCACCGCGAAGCAUCCUCGGAGCCGCGGGCCCUGUGGCUUCCACGGUGCUGAGGAUUGGCAGGGGAGGGCGACGCAGGCAGAAGUCGUCAAAGCUCGAUGCAGAGUGAGUGUAAAGCCGCAUCCUUCGGUUCUUGCAGUGCAGACUUCUCUUGGUGCCUGA